GUUUAAAACGUUCAAAUUUUAUUGUGAGGCCCAAAUAGUACCUCAAAAUCCAAAAUAAAAUUUAAAUGGGCCUUCAUAAUGAGGCCCAGUUUUCACUUAAUAUUGGCCUGAAAGAAUUGAGCCCAUUAGUGAUUCGCUGUUUGUAUUAGAAUAGUAGUCGUUAAGGCUGUUUCGCUCUCCUCUUUCUCAUCUCCGUCGCCGGGAAUUUCUCGCCGUCGUCGUCAGACUUCGACGCUAUACGUGUCUCGACAAUUGAAGACUUUUAUUGAGAAGUUUCAGGAGUAAAGUUUUCAUCUUUUGCUUCUGGAAGUUUGGCGGCUGAAAAAUAGUUUAACUAAAAGCAAUGGGAAAAGCGUCUAGGGAUAAACGGGAUAUUUACUAUAGGAAAGCCAAAGAGGAAGGAUGGCGUGCCCGGAGUGCCUUCAAACUGCUUCAGAUUGAUGAAGAAUUUAACAUAUUUGAAGGGGUAAAGCGAGUGGUAGAUUUAUGCGCAGCACCAGGAAGCUGGAGUCAGGUUUUGAGCCGAAAACUUUAUCUCCCAGCAAAGCUAUCACCUGAUUCCAAGGAUAGUGAUCUACCACUUAUUGUGGCAAUUGAUCUCCAGCCUAUGGCUCCAAUAGAAGGUGUUAUUCAAGUUCAAGGGGAUAUAACAAAUGCUCGCACUGCUGAAACGGUCAUCAGACAUUUUGAUGGAGGCAAGGCUGAUCUUGUUGUGUGUGAUGGCGCACCUGAUGUAACUGGCCUACAUGACAUGGAUGAAUUUGUUCAGACCCAACUAAUAUUGGCGGCAUUGACAAUAGUUACACACAUACUUAAGAUAGGUGGAAAGUUUAUUGCAAAAGUAUUUCGAGGGAAAGAUACUAGUCUCCUUUACUGUCAGUUGAAAUUAUUUUUCACGGAAGUAACAUUUGCAAAGCCGAAAAGCAGUCGUAAUUCAAGCAUCGAGGCAUUUGUGGUCUGUGAGAAUUACUCGCCUCCUGAUGGAUUCAACCACAAAGAUUUGCAUCGUCUCCUGGAGAAAAUUGGUAGUCCUUCUGGUGCUGACGAUCUAGAUUGCAGCAGUGGGUGGCUCGAAGGGCCUAACAAGGUGUAUAUCCCAUUUCUGGCGUGUGGCGACCUCAAUGGGUUCGACUCAGAUCGUUCGUAUCCACUUCCCAAGCGUGCAGAUGGAUCGUAUCAGAGCUUAGAUCCUGUACAACCUCCUAUUGCGCCCCCGUACAAGCGAGCUCUAGAGAUGAAAAAGGCUUCCAGUCACGGAGUUCAAGGUCUUGAAAAACUUCCCCUUGAUCCAUGAGAAAUCGUCCUUUUUAGCUAGAAAUUAUAUAAGCAUAUACUUGCAAAUACAAGUGGAUGUUGUAUGUUGAUUUUAAUUGAGAAGCUGGUUCUUGAUAUUUUCUGGAAAUUUUGUACCAUCACAUGUAACUAUUUGGUAAGUAUUGUCAAUCUUUUCAAAAUUUUAGGUCGUUGGGGAUGAACGACUUUUGCGAUAGAGAAGUCUUGAUUUGAAUC